GGCACAUGUUCGAUGCGUCAUCGCCGGGCGCCGCACUGCUUGUGUAUGGCGCCAUCCUAACAACGCGUGUGCGUUUCUGCUCGAAGCUGACGCCAGCGCAGUUCUCACAUUCCGCACUACAGUCUUUUCACAGCAGGGUUCCCAUGGACAUCAACAGCGCCAGCUCUGUGGUCCUACAGGCCCUGACACAGGCCACCAGCCAGGACACGGCCGUGUUGAAGCCGGCCGAAGAGCAGCUGAAGCAAUGGGAGACUCAGCCUGGCUUCUACUCUGUGCUGUUGAAUAUCUUCAACAACCACAUGCUGGACGUGAACGUUCGAUGGCUGGCAGUCCUGUACUUCAAGAAUGGGAUUGACCGCUACUGGAGGAGAGUAGCACCGCAUGCACUGUCAGAGGAGGAGAAGAUGUCACUCCGCGCUGGCCUCAUUACCAACUUCAAUGAGCCGGUCAACCAGAUCGCCACCCAGAUCGCAGUACUCAUAGCCAAGGUGGCCCGAUUGGACUGCCCACGGCAGUGGCCCGAGCUCAUCCCCAUUCUGCUGGAGUCCGUCAAGGUCCAGGAUGGCCUGCAACAGCACCGGGCCCUGCUCACUUUCUACCAUGUUACCAAGACCCUGGCCUCUAAGCGACUUGCCGCAGACAGGAAGCUCUUCCAGGAUCUGGCUGCAGGCAUCUACAGCUUUGCCUGUUCACUGUGGAACCACCACACUGACACGUUCCUGCAGCAGGUCUGCGCUGGCGAUGAAGCAGCUGCCAUCAACUCCUUAGAGAGAACAUUACUGUCAUUGAAAGUUCUGCGGAAGCUGACCGUUCAUGGAUUUAAUGAACCUCACGAGAACAUGGAGGUCAUGGGCUUCCUGAAUGCUGUCUUUGAGAGACUGAAGCAGUUCCUCGAAUGCUGCAGACAAGUGGGAUCCCAGAAUCCAUGCCGAGAGAAGCUGGAGAAAACCAUAAUACUGUACACUAAAGUUCUGCUGGACUUCCUGGAGUACCACCCAUAUCCCUUCAUUCCCCUCAUACGGUGUUCGCUGGAGUUUGCCGUCAGCUAUGUGUUCACAGAGGUUGGCGAGGGUGUCGUUUUUGAACGCUUUAUUGUGCAGUGCAUGAACCUUGUCAAGAUGAUUGUCAAGAAUGAUGCCUACAAGCCUGCCAAGAACAUCGAAGACAGCAAGCCAGAGAUCUUGGAGGCACAUAGGAUAAAGACAGAGUUUUUCACUCACCCUACCCUGACGGAGAUUGGCAGGAGAUUGGUGUCCCACUACUUCCUGCUAACUGAGGAAGAGCUUGCCAUGUGGGAGGAAGAUCCUGAAAGUUUUGCUGUGGAGGAAACAGGGGGUGACUCCUGGAAGUACAGUCUACGGCCAUGCACAGAAGUUCUGUUCCUCGAUAUUUUCCACAACUACAGUCAGACACUGACCCCGGUACUGCUGGACAUGGUACAGAAUCUGCAAGGGCCAACCAAUGUAGAAGAUCCAGUGAGACUCCUCAUUAAGGAUGCGGUGUACAAUGCAGUAGGGCUUGCUGCAUAUGAACUAUUUGACAACGUGGAUUUUGACUCGUGGUUCAAGAACCAGCUUCUGGCUGAGCUCCAAGUCAGCCAUCACAGCUACAAGCUCAUACGUCGGCGUGUGAUCUGGCUCAUCGGACAAUGGAUCUCGGUGAAGUUCAAGUCAGAUCUGCGGCCGCUGCUGUACGAGGCCAUUCUAAGCCUGAUGCAAGACCCUGACCUUGUGGUCCGAAUUGAGACGGCUACAACUCUGAAGCUCACUGUGGACGAUUUUGAGUUCAGGACUGAACAGUUCCUGCCGUACCUGGAGUCCAUCUUCAGCUUGCUCUUCCAGCUACUGCAGCAGGUCACAGAGUGUGAUACCAAGAUGCAGGUCCUUCACGUCAUCUCCUGUGUCAUAGAGAGGGUCAACAUCCAGAUCCGGCCAUACGUGGGCUGCCUGGUUCAGUACCUGCCCCUCCUAUGGAAGCAAUCAGAGGAGCACAACAUGCUGCGCUGCGCCAUCCUCACCACUCUCGUCCACCUCGUUCAGGGACUUGGAGCGGAGAGCAAGAACUUAUACCCAUUCCUGCUGCCCGUCAUCCAGCUGAGCACAGAUGUGUCCCAGCCUCCCCACGUGUAUCUGCUGGAGGAUGGCCUGGAGCUCUGGUUGGUGACACUAGAGAACUGCCCUUCUAUUACUCCGGAGCUUCUCAGAGUCUUCCAGAACAUGUCUGCUCUUCUUGAGCUGAGUUCUGAAAAUCUCCGGACGUGUUUCCAGAUCAUCAAUGGGUACACGUACCUGUCAGCCACAGAAUUCCUCCAGAACUAUGCGGAGGGCCUGUGCCGAUCAUUCUGUGAGCUGCUGAAGGACAUCACCAAUGAGGGACAGGUCCAGGUGCUGAAGGUGGUUGAAAUUGCUAUAAAAGUGAGCCCUCUUUUGGGUGCCCACAUGUUCCAACCCCUUCUGCCCAAUGUCUUCCGUGGGAUUAUAGAUGGAGAGAGGUAUCCCGUCGUGAUGUCAACUUACCUGGGUGUGAUCGGACGCGUGCUUCUGCAGAACUCCAGCUUUUUCUCCUCCCUCCUCACACAAAUGGCUGGGGAGUUCAACCAGGAGAUGGACCAACUCCUGGGGAGUCUGAUCGAGAUGUGGGUAGAGCGCAUGGACAAUAUCACACAGCCAGAGAGGAGGAAGCUCUCAGCACUGGCUCUGCUCUCACUGCUUCCAUCAGACAACAGUGUCAUCCAGGAUAAAUUCUGCGGCAUCAUUAACAUUUGUGUGGAGGCACUCCAUGACGUGAUGACAGAGGACCCCGAGACGGGAACCUUCAAAGAUUGCAUGCUGAUGACCCAUUUUGAGGAGCCGAAGCUGACCGAUGAUGAGGAGCCACCUACAGAACAAGACAAGAGGAAGAAGCUGCUGGCCCUGGAGGACCCGGUCCACAGUGUGUCCCUGCAGCGCUACGUGUACGAGAAGCUGAAGGCCCAGCAGCUGCUGAUGGGAGACCAAGGCUUCCAGGCACUCAUGGAGACCGUGGACACGGAGAUCGUCCGACAGCUUCAAGAGUUCCUCCAGGGACUCUGAGUGGAGGAGGCCAGGCGCUGAAGGGAUGGAUACACACAGGAGCCCCGCGGAACCUCCAACCCACCUGCUGCCAGCACCACCACCAACUCUGUCUAGUGUUGUAUGGACAGAUCCUUACCAGAGCUUCCAUUUUAGCUAUUCUUAUUGCUGCUUUGUUUUACUAUCCUGGGGAGGACUGAGCUUUUAGGAAGAAGACGGAAAUGGGGUAGGAAGGGAGGGAGCUUCACUGGGCGACAUCAUACAGGUUACCUGCUACCUCCAAAAGCAGCAUCUUUGGACUUUUUGUAUCAAGAAAGUAGUGUGGUGGUGAUUGGGAUUCAUACACAGAAGGACCUGAGCAGUGUUUACAGAUUUAUUCUUAACAUAAAAUCAGAAAUAUAAUUUUGUAUGUAUGUAAAAUAUGGAGUGUAUUCUGCAUGAUGGGUUUUUUUUUUUUUUUUUUCUUCCUUUUAAUUUUGCUUAACAGGAGGUCAAGUAUGACACAACUACUGAAAUGACUGGGCGCGUUUGUAAUUCUCUGCCUCACCUUAUGGUUCAAUCACUCACACUUACACUUUUAUGAAGAUGUGCUUUGUAUGUAUGCUUAGGUUAGGAUUGCAACACUUUUACUAAGGAACAGCUGCUGUUUGCUCAUGUACCGGUCUCACCAGGUGCUUAAGAGCUCUAUGGAAACCAAAAAUGUGAUUAAGUGCAUGGUUUUCUGCAUCGGAACCACGUAAGGGUGGACAGACUUCCUACAAGUACUGAAGGUUGUUUUUUUUUUUCUUUCCCCUUUUCCUUUUUCACGCAGAACUUUAGGAUUCGUUAAAGCUGGUUAGCUCUGUUUGUCAUGAGAGAAACAGUAUGGCAGCGUGGGAGAGAUUUUGUACAGAACACUUGCAUACACUAGCUGGAUAGUCACUGUGAUUGAAUACAGUAGCAUAUGAAAAUGACGGCCUUACACAAUCAGCCUUACUUUAACCUUGAAUCUUUACCCUGGAGUUUUUCCUUUAAUACUUUUUCUUAGUGGUUUUUUGUUUUGGAUAAAGAUUAGCCUGUUUUCGGACUGACGUCAUAUUGUUAACGGAGCAUUGAUAUUUUUAAUACAGUAGCACUAUAUCCUUUUUUGCCAUUUAGUUUAAAAUGAGGUCCUUGUGCAUUUUCAGUGAAUCAAUGCCAAUAAAGUCAAGUACAUGGUUCAACAGGUAAAUGUACUUUGCAAUUUCUCAUCACUAAAAACAGUUUUGGAUGGUGUGUGGACAGAUGAGGGGGGUCCUUAAACAGUUGGACAUAAUUGUGACCUUCAUUGUGGUAAAGCUACUACUAAGCAGUUUGUUUAACAUUAUUCACAGACUUUACAUAAUAAUGAAGUGCUAAACUUUUAUUGCUGAGGUGAAGUGUAAAAUUGGACCUCAUCCUUUCUUAUACUUCUGCCAUAAUCUUCAGCUUUCUUCCCAAGAAAGUGUAAAGGGUGGUACAGUGUAACCGCAGUGCUUGAUUUCAGAAAAGAAGCUGUAUGUAUACACACUCAUUCACAUACACAACUGAUGGUACUGCAAAUAAAAUUUUAGGAGCACUGCAAUUUUACUGUUUGUCUCCAAAUAAAGUGGCUUCUCUUGUGACUGGUGUAGAGCUGUGGAAGUUAAUUUCUAGAUCUCCUUGUGACUGCCUGGAAAAACUGUU